AUGCUACGGAGAGUAAUUCUUGUGAGCCGUUUCGGUGUGCGUAGUUUCGGGCAAUCGAGUCGCUGGAGGCAGAUCAGUGCGAGUGCUAACCGUGCGUACUCGGUUGAGAAUGGCAUCGAUGAGGCACCACAGAGUGAUAAGAGCGGGAGGUACAGUCGGCUAGCUAUGCGAGUGGUGGGUGCUGCUGUGAUUGGCGUCGGGUUGUGGUGGUUUUACUGGCCUCAUCACACUUUCCCGAGCAGCGUGGCCACGAUACUGAGAAAAGGUCUGUGGCAAGAGACUGAAAAGUUUGGUAAGAACUACCACCGUGGUUUGCAAUACUAUCGCGAUGCUCUGAAGGAGUGUGACAAGCUGGGCGUAGACCCCUUGUCUGACGAAUAUACUGGGAUAGAGAUCAAGAUCGCCGAAAUGCACGAACGGUUGGAUGAUUUGGAGAAUGCUUGUGAGAUAUACGAUCACAUAAUGCAGAAGUACCUAGACUACCUGCUCACAACUAGUGUUUCCGACCUUGACAAAGUAGGGCGAUAUAUUAAGAGGGACCUCAGCGUCCUGAUAAAAUACUUACAACAUAGGGAUGACAAGUACUUAGGUAAGACGAUGUUGCUUCAUCACUUACGUGUCUUGCAAAAUGUCAUAUAUACUCGAUAUCCUGAGAUAAGCGAAUUUCUACAAGAACAACAGGCUGUGCUGGACACGGUUGUGAAACCCACAUCUGAACAUAGACCCUUUGAAUUUAUAGACUUGGCUGACGGUUCACAAACUGCCAUCGGUAAGAAGCUUAGCGGAGAGAUGUUAGAUGAUGUUGUGGGGUUGUUCAAAGAUGAAUUGUUUACUGCUCUUGAUUUAUUCACACAGUAUUGUCUACAAUCCAACGAUGUACCUGCAGCGCUGAGAAAUCAAUUGAUGACAGUGCAGUUAAUGUCGUUGGCAAAUGUCAAAAAAUCCCAGAUCUUGUUUUCGCAGGCCAAUUUAGGUUCUAUCCUGUAUUUGCAAGCUGAGAAGAUUGAAGGUGUACUGUAUAAACUAGAGAAAGAGAAAAGUUCAUUAGAGAAUGAAGUAGCUACUGAUACAUCGAAGGAUAAUGAAGAAAAUUAUUAUUUGAAUUUACUUCAUAGCAAUCAUGACAGAUACGUGAAGCUUUCUUUACAAUGCUUCCAAGGUGUUCUGAACAGUGCUGAAAUUACUGAUAAUUUUGAAGAAAUGUUAGAUCCACUAUCGAUGAAGGCAGCAGCAUUGGCCGUAUACGGUAUUGGGGUAUGGAAUAUACAUGAAGGAAAUUUAAAGAAAGCUAGGAAACUUCUGAAAGAAUCAGCUAAGUUUGCAAAAGAGACUUCAUUUGAUUCAUUGUUAAAGGAGGCAGAAAAGGAACUGAGAAAAGUCAGAAAGAUGAUAAAGCAAGAGAAAGUUGGAUGA